UGCUAUUUUAUCGCGUCUAUAUAGCAACAGAUCACAACUGGCAGACAUCCAGAAUUUAAUCACUGCCCAAAGAAAUAGUCGAUAGACGAUAGACACCAUGCCCGCCGCCCUCUCCUCCGCCUCCCUCGCCGUGCCCUCGUCCAAUCCCCAGUUCUCGACGCCGAGCUCCUCGUCAACAAAGCUGCGCCUCUUCAACCCCCAAGUUCGCCAAUUCCAACCAAUCAGGCUCCCUCGCGUGGUCAUUUCGCCUGCACUUUCCACUAAUCACACAUUCAGAUCUCGUCCUCUUUCUGCGCUAUCGCCCGCUGCAGCAGCCGUCAUGGACGCUGCAAAUGAGCGAGAAGGAGGUGACGAAGGAAAGCUGAAGGAACUCAUCUCUGUCAUCAGCAAAGAGCUUGCCGAAUUAGGAGACAAAUUAGAAAAUCUCAGCAGCUCCCCUCUGGAAGCUUUGAGAAUGGUGGACGUGAUAGAGCGGCUGGGUAUUCAGAGAUUUUUCCAUGAACACAUCCAGAGGAUCAUACGCUCGACCUACUUGCAAUGGCACGAGCAAUUUGGUCUGAAGAACGAUGCAGAUGCCACUUUGUUGGGAUUUCGCUUGCUCAGGAUCCAUGGCUACCAUGUCACUGCAGGGAUCCUUGACUCGUUGAAAGGUCAAUUUGGAGAUCCCACCACAUUCAAGGUCGACACCCCUGCCAAAAUUUCAAGCAUGAUCCAUUUGUUGAAAUGCUCUCACGUGGGAUUCCCCAGUGAAUCGACCAUCAUGGAACAAGUGAAGGCGUUCGCCAGUUUUCAACUCCAUAAACUAUUUCUAGAAGGAGACCAGUCGCUUCUUAAAGCCAACAAUCUGGACAUGGAGAUAAAAUUUGCUUUGGAAUACCCGAGGAGAUAUUUGCUUCCGAGACUGGAGUCAAGAAUCGUUAUUAACCAGCUAUGGCCUAGCUCUGGAUGUCUAAAUAAGUGCUUGCAACUUGCUAAGAUCGAUUUAGGGAUGCUCCAAAAGCUACAUCAACAGGAGAUCGCGUCGCUCGAGCAAUGGUGGACUGAACAAGAAUGCAGUAAGACAAUACCCUUCAGGGGAGGAAUUACCAAGAGCCACUUCUUUACAUGUCCAUCCAUUUAUGAACCAGAAUUCUCUGCCUUCCGUGCUGCAUUUACCAAAUCCUGCAGCUUCGUCGUAAUAAUUGAUGACGAAAUGGACCUUUUAGACUGUGAUCCCAAUGACAUUCUCAAGUUUAAUGAGGCUGUUCAAAGAUGGGAUCCCUCUCCUUGCGAUGACGCCCCUCAGUUCAGGGCAAUAGUUCCAAGUUUCUUUGCCACAGUGGAAGACAUGGGUGCGGAGGCAAGCAAAAUUCAAGGCCGUGACGUCCUUCCCUACAUAAAGAAAGUGUGGCAAGAGCUGAUCGCGGGGUACACGGAGAACGCUAAAUGGCGAUCGGCAAGCUGCAUUCCUAACAUGGAGGAGUACCUGAAGGCGUCGCUGCCGAGCAUCAGCUCCACCACCAUCGGUCUAAGCUCGCUGAUGAUGAUGCCGGAGCCGAUAUCUGAAGAGGCCCUGAGGUUGAUCGGACCAGGAUCGCGCUUCAUGUACCUCAUCAACCUCGUCUCCCGCCUUGCCAAUGACCUGGCCACCUUCGAGACCGAGGCAGCCAACGGGGAGAUCGCCUCCGCAGUGAGCUGCUACCAGAACGACCACGGUUGCACGCAGGAGGAAGCCAUCGCGGCGGUGGAGGGCAUCAUCCAAUCUUCGUGCCAGGAGCUGGAGUGGGAGCUGUUCAAGUCCAUCGCGGUGGUGCCGGAGUGCUACCGCCGUGGGAUCAUAAAUAUCGCCAGGACCUCCUGCUUCGUGUACAAGAGAGGGGAUUCCUACUCUCUGGCGGAUGACGACGAGUACGCCACGCUCCUCAAGGAUUACCUCUUCCGCCCUAUUCAAUGACUGCCCGAAAAUCAAUUUGUUGGUUCGCGAGAGAUUGUCUCCCGUUUCUGAAACUACCGUUGAUCGAGAAUUUGCUUAGCGCAGAAUUAAUUCAAGUGGUCAAUCAAAUUUUAAAUAAAGGACAAAACUAAAUGGCUAUUCUAGCCAGUUAGAAAUUUUUUAAUAA